AGGAGGAAGUGUUGCGGCUGUUGCUGGGUCUGAACCCACCGCUGGCUCCCGGGGCGCAGAGAGGGGCUACCGCCAGCGCCGCCGCCGCCGCUGCCGAUUAGCGUUCCCCUGCUGCUCCCCUCCAUGUGCCCGGGCGCCGCCACUCCCCUUCCUCAGGCCGCCGCUUGCCCCGGGGUCUAUGGAAGUAAUGGAAGGACCUCUCAACUUGGCUCAUCAACAGAGCAGAAGAGCAGACCGUUUAUUAGCUACAGGGAAAUACGAAGAGGCUAUUUCUUGUCACAAGAAAGCUGCAGCAUAUCUUUCUGAAGCCAUGAAGCCGACCCAGUCUGAGCAGGCUCAUUUAUCACUGGAAUUGCAAAGGGAUAGCCACAUGAAACAGCUCCUCCUCAUCCAGGAGAGGUGGAAAAGGGCAAAGCGUGAGGAAAGAUUGAAAGCCCAGCAGAACACAGACAAGGAUGUAGCUACCCAUCUUCAGGCAUCUCACAAACCCUCUGCUGAGGAUGCAGAGGGUCAGAGUCCCCUUCUUACUCAGAAGUACAGCCCUUCCACAGAGAAGCAUCUGCCUGAAAUUCAGGGAGUCUUUGACAGGGAUCCAGACACACUACUAUUUUUACUUCAGCAAAAGAGUGAGCCAACAGAGGCAUGCAUUGGAAGCAAAGCCCCAAAAGAUGAUAAAACGAUUAUAGAGGAGCAGGCAACCAAAAUUGCAGAUUUGAAGAGGCAUGUGGAAUUCCUUGUGGCUGAGAAUGAAAGAUUAAGGAAAGAAAAUAAACAGUUAAAAGUUGAAAGGGCCAGACUUCUAAAAGGUCCAGUAGACAAGGAGCUUGAUGUAGAUACUGAUUUUGUAGAAAAAUCAGAGCUUUGGAGCUUGCCACCACAUUCAGAAACUGCUACAGCCUCUUCAACCUGGCAGAAAUUUGCAGCAAAUACUGGGAAAGCCAAGGACAUUCCAAUACCCAAUCUUCCUCCCUUGGAUUUUCCAUCUCCAGAACUUCCCCUUAUGGAGCUCUCUGAGGACAUGCUCAAAGGACUUAUGAAUAAUUAAAAUGGAAGGCCAUAGAAGAGGUGAGAAGAGGAAAUAAUACCAUUAAUCCAGCAAAACAAACAAACAAAAAAGGGAAAACCACAUGCCAGGGUGAUCUCAGAGAUGCACCAUCAUCUGGCAUACUGUAGGAGAAGAGGCGUUGCCAGGACUUGGAAAACAGUCACUGUGAAACAUGUUGCAUAUCUGAAUUACAGCUAAUGAUUCUGGACUGGGGAGACACUAACUCUUGGAGGCUCACUUUCUCCUGAUACAAACCAAAUGGCUACCUGGAAUAAUUUUUUCAAGCAACAAGUACUUUUCUUAUCUUCAGGGUUAAAAUGUAUAAAAGUAUGUUAUGUGUAGUUAAUCUAUAAUGCCAUAAAUGAUAAUGCCCUAAAUAAUAUGAUAGCCUGAGGGGCUGCCUUGUAUU